AUGAAUACCCUCAUGGAUGUCCUUCACCACAGGCCAGGAUGGGUGGAAGUAAAGGAUGAAGGGGAGUGGGAUUUCUACUGGUGCGAUGUUAGCUGGCUCCGGGAGAAUUUCGACCACACCUACAUGGAUGAGCACGUGCGGAUCAGUCACUUCCGAAACCACUACGAGCUGACCCGCAAGAACUACAUGGUGAAGAACCUGAAGCGCUUCCGGAAACAGCUGGAGCGCGAGGCGGGAAAGCUGGAGGCAGCCAAGUGCGACUUCUUCCCCAAAACCUUUGAGAUGCCCUGCGAGUACCGUCUGUUUGUGGAGGAGUUUCGCAAAAACCCAGGAAUCACCUGGAUCAUGAAGCCUGUAGCCCGGUCGCAGGGGAAGGGCAUCUUCCUCUUCCGGAGGCUGAAGGACAUCAUGGACUGGAAGAAGGCCACAAGAAGUUCUGAUGACCAGAAAGAUGACAUUCCCGUGGAGAACUAUGUAGCUCAGCAUUACAUCGAAAAUCCCUACCUGAUAGGAGGCCGCAAGUUUGACCUGCGUGUCUACGUGCUGGUGAUGUCGUACAUGCCGCUGCGAGCCUGGCUGUACCGGGACGGCUUCGCCCGAUUCUCCAACACCCGCUUCACACUGAACAGCAUUGAUGACCAGUACGUCCACCUCACCAAUGUCGCCGUGCAAAAGACGUCUCCUGACUACCACCCAAAGAAGGGCUGCAAGUGGAUGCUGCAGCGCUUCCGGCAGUAUCUGGCAUCCAAGCAUGGGCCCACGGCAGUGGAGACGCUCUUCAGUGACAUGGACAACAUCUUCAUCAGAAGCCUGCAGAGCGUGCAGAAGGUGAUCAUCAGCGACAAGCACUGCUUCGAGCUGUAUGGCUAUGACAUCCUCAUAGACCAGGACCUCAAGCCGUGGCUCCUGGAGGUCAAUGCAUCCCCAUCACUGACAGCCAGCAGCCAGGAGGACUAUGAGCUCAAGACCUGCCUCCUGGAAGACACCUUGCACAUCGUGGACAUGGAGGCCAGACUCACGGGAAGGGAGAAGCGAGUGGGAGGCUUCGACCUCAUGUGGAACGAUGGCCCUGUCAGCAGAGAAGACGGGGCUCAUGACCUGUCGGGGCUGGGGAACUUUGUGACCAACACGCACCUUGGCUGCGUCAAUGAUCGGAAAAAACAGCUGAGGCAGCUGUUCCGCUCCCUUCAAGGCCAGAAGAAAACUCCCAACUAA